CACAUUAAAGACUAGCCUGUCACCAGGAGGAAGUGUUUAUAUUCAGCAGAGCUGAAUUCAAGAAGAAAUACUUUUUUUUAAAUGUCAAAAUGAACUGGAUGUCUAAAGCAGACAGGAAGAGGGCCGUGAUAAUGAUGGCAAGUUCUGCCGAGAUCGCUGGAGUGCACGCAAGCCUACCUUCGGCCCCAGACCAGAGAACCGUGGAGCUGGAGCGGUGGAGUCGUGGAAACUUUGCCAAGUACAGACACUAUGUUCCUGUCGUGGCUAACUUUAAAAAGCAUUGUUUCUCAGAAUUGAUAAGACCAUGGCACAAAACUGUGGCGAUUGGAUUUGGUGUAACUCUGUGUGCAGUUCCUAUCGCACAGAAAUCAGAGCCUCAUUCUCUUAGUAACGAUGCAUUAAUGAGGAGGGCAGUGUCACUGGUAACAGAUAGUACUGCUACCUUUCUCUCUCAGACCACAUAUGCAUUGAUUGAAGCAGUCACUGAAUAUACGAAGGCUGUUUAUACCUUAAUCUCUCUGUACCGAAAAUAUACAAGUUUACUUGGGAAAAUGAAUUCUCAGGAGGAAGAUGAAGUGUGGCAGGUGAUUAUAGGAGCCAGAGUUGAGAUGACUUCAAAACAACAAGAAUACUUGAAGCUAGAAACCACUUGGAUGACUGCAGUUGGUCUUUCAGAGAUGGCAGCAGAGGCUGCAUAUCAAACUGGAGCAGAUCAGGCUUCCAUAACCGCCAGGAAUCACAUUCAGCUCGUGAAAUCGCAGGUGCAGGAGGUGCGUCAGCUCUCCCAGAAAGCAGAAACCAAGCUGGCAGAAGCACAGAUAGAAGAGCUCCGUCAGAAAACACAGGAGGAGGGGGACGAGAGAGCUGAGCCAGAGCAGGAGGCCUACCUGCGUGAGGAUUGAGGGCCUGAGCCCACUGCCUAUCUGCCCACUCAGUGGAAAAAUCAGGGGCGGACCCCAUCCUGCCCAGGGUCAGCACCACUCUGCACAGAGAAGAGGCAGCAGUCCUGCCUUGGUCGAUCGGGCCAGAGGCCUUUGUGAGCUGUGAGUGCCUGACCCCUUCCCCUGUGGUCUCAGACAUGUACUGGACCUGCCUCUUAACCCUCAUGCACUGUACCCUGUUUAACAUUUCACCCCACUCAGCACUGCUGCUCUCACUCACUGAUCUUUUUACCUCACACCCAAAGCAUUUCACCAACCUUGCCCAGAGAGAGGGGUCCCUUUGUGUCAUGCCCUUAAGUUCAGUAGCUGUUUAACCUUAGUUUUCCAUCUUACUCAUAUUUUCAAAUAUGAUUAUUUUCUCCCUCCAUAAGGAUAUGAGUUUUGGGGGGAAAGGAGAGCCUGUCCUAUUUGUAAGAUUUAUUUUUAAGUGUUCCUAAUGUGUUCUCAUAUGGGUUCACUGCCCUGUAAGUAUAGCUUAGGCCAAGGAGUCAAAAGUCUAUUAUUAUUGAGAUAAUGAAUACAGAGUGUUUACCUGGUGCUCUCAACAGGACUUAUUCUAACACAUGCCUCUCAUUUUCUUCUUUAAGUUUCUCUAUUGUAUCCAAAGGAGAAUAAUUUCUUUUGCAUUUAAAAUAAUAAAACAUUGUAUGUGUC